GUGAGCGGGACAUCAGCGUGUACUGUGGUGUUCAGACCAUCACCUUGAAGAUCAACUUCUGCCCCGUGCUCUUCUCUGGCUACACAGACACAGAUUUGGCCCUGAACGGUCAGCACAGUGAUGCCCAGUGCCGUGGCUUCAUCAACAACAACACCUUCCCCACAGCGGUCCUGUUCAGCAUCAGUCUCAACACUCUGGAGGCCUGUGGUAACAGCCUGGUGGUCAGCACAGCCUACGGGGCCAAUGCCUAUGGGAACAUGUCUCUGGUACAAAUUGGGAAUGUCUCAGGCUACAUCGACACCCCUGACCCGCCGGCUAUAAUCAGCUACCUGCCCGGCCUGCUGUAUAAAUUCAGCUGCAGCUACCCGCUGGAGUACCUGGUCAAUAACUCACAGCUGGCAUCCUCAUCUGUUGCUGUAUCUGUCAAGGAGAGCAACGGUACAUUUGUGAGCACGUUGAAUAUGAUCCUGUACAACGAUUCCACCUACAAUCAACCCCUGUCUAUUCCAAUGGCUGGACUGGCUCUGAAAACCAGAGUCUUUGCUGCUGUGAAAGCCACAAACUUAGACAAACGGUGGAACAUCUUGAUGGACUACUGUUACACAACCCCCUCAGGGAAUCCUAAUGAUGAACUUCGCUAUGACCUUUUCUUUGGCUGCUCCAAAGACCCACAGACGACAGUUUUUGAGAAUGGGAAGAGUCAGAUGGGCCGAUUUUCCUUCGAGGUAUUUCGUUUUGUUAAACACAGACACCAGAAGAUGUCAACUGUGUUUCUGCACUGCGUCACCAAGCUCUGCCGGGCAGACGACUGCAUCAUGCUCAUGCCGAUUUGUGCGAAACGACGUAGGAGGGAUGGAGAGGAGAGCAUUGAUUCCCCACCAGUUGCAUCUGGGAACGCCAUCCUCACAGCUGGACCAAUCAUCACCAGGAGUGAUGAAACUCCUGCCAACAACUCCCAACUCGCGACCGGUACCCCACCCCAUCCGAUGAACCCAGUGACCAGUGCUCUGAUCUCGGGCGUGGUCAUCCUGGGCGGGGUCAGCGUGGGCUUCUCUCUGCUGUCGCUCCGCCUCCUGAAGAAGUGCCGCCUCCCAGCAACCUCAGCAUCAGGCCGAGAGGCCUUCAACAUAUCUGAGUGUGGAGCAUAUGCCAGACGACCAGAGUACACUGACAUCACUGUGGUGUGUGGCACAUCUACCAUCGACCUGGCAUUUCAAAUCUGCCCGGUUUUCUACACGGGAUACAACACAAGCCUACUGAUCCUCAACCGCAUCCGGGACAGUGUGGACUGUCAGGGGACCCUGGACACCUGGGUGUCCCCUCCUGUGGCGAGGCUCAGCUUCCCCAUCAGAGAGGGAAAUGCCUCUGAGGAGAAGUUUGUAGAACUGAAAGGCUAUCUUAGUACUGUGGUAAAAGCUAGACCACGAGUGCACCAGGGACAGGAAUAUUUGCUGACUCCUCCAACAUCAGAGUCAACAGUCAGCGGGGCGGUGCGAUCCUUUGACCUCACCCCCGGGACGAUCACCUACAACGCAGAGCUCAAGUACUCAUGUGCUUAUCCUCUGGAGUAUCUCAUCAACAACACCCAGGUGGAUGUGUCAUCCUCCUCCAUUGCUUUGAAGGACAACAAUGGGAGCUUUAUUAGCACCCUCAGCAUGGCCUUGUUCCAGGAUAUAAAUUACACCACACCCCUUGUCUUCCCACCUCUGGGCAUCGAAAUGAGAACCAACCUCUACGUGCAGGUGGUUGCAUCCAACCUGACAUCACAGUGCUCCAUAGAUCAGCUCACCACCAUGCUGGAGAACGGGGAUAGCCAAAUGGCCCGCUUCUACUUCCCAGCGUUCCGCUUCACCGAGCAGCACAAUGAGACCAUCCCCACCUACUAUCUGCACUGCAUCACCCGGCUCUCAAUGCAACAGGAAGAGGAGGAGCGUACAGUCCACGGUCGUCCAGGAGGGCAUCACUGA